CUAUAUAUUCAGGUAGGAUAACUGCUGUAGCAUAUGACUGCAGUUGAAGCACAGUUACGCAAGUCAGAAAAAGAUGUUCGCCGUGCUGCUGUUCGCUGUGAUGUCCGCUCUAACUGCUGGGGCAGCGGCAAGAUGUCCUCUUGGGUUUGUUAGCCUCGGUCGAUCAUGCUACCUGUUCUCUACCAACAGUGCUGACUUCGCUGGAGCCAAUUCCUUCUGCCUGUUUUUCGGAAGUCGCUUGGCUGUCAUCGAAAGGAAGACUGAAGAUACUUUGAUCAAGAGUUACCUGCUCCGACAUGGCAAAGGCGGUACCUUCUACAUCGGUGGCACUGACCUGAGAGCAGAGGGAAUCUUCACCUGGGAGCGCCCUUUGGCGAAGAAACUAGGGUACAGGGGGUGGCCGCCAGGUCAACCUGAUAAUUACAAGGGUAACGAACAUUGCAUGACCUUGCCUCGAUCAUUUAAGUACAGGUGGAAUGAUGCACCCUGCGAUCACAAGUACAGGUUCAUUUGUGAACGACGUCAUUAACAAUUUUGUCACAAAUGUAAGAAGAAUAUGCAAUGGCAAUACCAGUGUCUUGCUGAAUACAAACGUCUUACAUCCA